CAGCCGGGCAAUUCUAACUGUGAGGCUACAGCAAAAUGUCUUUCGUCCCCAACUUUCCUCCUUCGUUGCUGCAACGAAUCAAGAGUGAUGACAAAGGAGAUGAAAAGAAAAGGAGCAAGGAUGACUAUAGAAAGAUGAAGGAGUUAGAGGAAGCUCGAAAGCUAGCUGUUAUGCCUGCAAUGAAAGAUGAAGAAGGGAGAGAUAUUAACCCUCAUAUUCCACAGUAUAUUAUGCAGGCUCCCUGGUACUACGGUGCUUUACACCCAACCUUACGUCAUCAGAGGAUACAAGAUGAGAAAAAACGCGAAGAAAUUUCUGGCAAAAUGAAAGGCUCAAAUGCUUUGAAUGUGUGGUAUAAAAGAGGAGUACCUCAGGCCAAGCAAACUGUCACGUACUACCGUGAUGGCGCAUGUGAAAAUUGUGGAUCUAUGUCACAUAAGCGGAAAGAUUGUCUGGAACGUCCUCGAAAGGUUGGUGCCAAAUAUACUGGUCUUGAUAUUGCUCCUGACGAAUACCAACAAGUAACAUUGGAGUUGGACUACGAAGGUAAACGUGAUCGAUGGAAUGGAUACGACCCAUCUGAACAUAAAAAGAUAUUCGAAGAAUAUCAGCGACUUGAAGAAGCAAGAAAAAUAGCUAAAGCGAAAAAGUUAGAAGAGAAACUGGCUCAAGCAGCAGAAGGAAGCGGUGGACAGGAAGAACCUGCAGCGUCUGCCGCCAAACCCAGUUUAGAUGACGAUGCAGACUUUGAUGCAGAAGAUGGUGACAGAUAUGGUGAUGAGUUAGAUAUGCCUGGUCAGAAGUUUGACAGUAAACAACGUCAGUCUAUACGUAAUCUGCGUAUUCGUGAGGACACCGCUAAGUAUUUGUUCAACCUGGACCCUAACAGUGCCUAUUAUGACUCAAAAACCCGCGCUAUGCGCGGUAAUCCCUUCGAAAAUAGUGGGAAACCGGAAUCAGAAGUGCCUUUUGCUGGAGACAACUUUGUACGUUACGAUGGUGAAGUUCAGGACAUGAUAGAUAGACAAGUGUUUGCCUGGGAAAUGCAUGACAAGCUGGGUCUGGAUGUCCAUUUACAAGCAGAUCCAACUCGUCUGGAAUUGUUAGCCAAAAAAGUAUCCAAAGCUAAAUGUGAUGUCCAAAAUAAAGUGCGUGCUGAAAUUCUUGAGCGCUAUGGUGGGCAUGAACAUUUGGAAGCGCCACCCAAGGAGUUAUUACUUGGUCAAUGGGAAUCAUAUGCUGAGUACUCACCAACUGGUCGCAUGAUUAAAGGGGCUGAAAAACCAACAGUUAAAUCCCGCUAUGAAGAAGAUGUUUUCAUUAACAAUCAUACAAGUGUAUGGGGUUCAUAUUGGUUCAAUGGCCAAUGGGGUUAUCGGUGCUGCCACUCACUGAUCAAGGAAUCUUAUUGUUUAGGAGAAAAAAGUAAAGAAGUAAGUUUCCCAGAGGUCCCGGAUGGCCCUACAGCAGUGGCAUUACUGCAACCCCCACCUAUGCCUACAAAUGCGGAUGUCACUUCUGAUAAUGAAGUAAAUUCAAAGUCUCAUGCAGAUAAAAAGUCAAAGAAUAAAAAACGAAAACGAGUCAAAAGCAAGUCAGUUUCAAGCCGAUCUAGUUCCAGCUCAUCUUCAAGCUCCAGUAGCGACUCUUCCGAAGAUGAAUCAGUAGAUCGUGUUGGUGGAAAUGAUCAGAACCAAGAAGAAGUUAGGGAACAGUUACAUUCUAAGUCUGUAUCGGAAACAGACUUGGAUGAAAGCAUUGUAGACACAAAAACCAAGGAAGCUAGAGAUAAAGAUUUAGCUCGAUCAGAAGCACGGCGAGAACGCAUUCGUGCACAACGCGCUGACAAGAAGAAAAAACGAAAAGAUCAUAUCAAGAAGUCCUCAAAAGACAAACGUAAACGUAGGCGUAGUAGCAGUAGUUCGAGUUCAUCUACAGAAUCGGAAGAAGAUAUUGAAAAAAUUCAGGAGCGCUUAAUCCAAGAGGCUAUAAAGAAAGAAAGAGAGCGCUUAAGAGCAGUAGAUGAAUACCUUGCAAUGGAUGAACGUAAACGACCAUAUAAUUCCCUUGCUGAAGUCAAACCACCAACUGCAGAAGAAAUGGAAGCUUAUUAUCGCAUAAAAGUGAACCGGGAUGAUCCCAUGUCGCACUUUAUGUAAUCCACACUUGAGCAAACUUUCUAAUUAUUGUACAGAUGAGCAUUAACUUCUUUCAUUUGUGAUCUAAGUUUUAUUUUAACUAUUUAAUAUUAUGUAUACACCACAAA